AUGGUCAGGCGCGUAGCGGUGCUCGCGGGCCCCGGUAACAACGGCGGCGACGGCCUGGUGGCGGCGCGCCACCUGUGGCAAUUUGGGUACGAGCCCACGAUUUGCUACCCCAAGCCGACAGACAAGCCGCUGUACAACGGCCUCGUGACCCAGUGCAAGUCCCUGGGCAUCCCCUUUGUCUCCGCCGACGACCUCACAGGCGGCGCCCCCCUGCAGGAGCGCUUCGACGUCAUCGUGGACGCCCUUUUCGGCUUCAGCUUCAAGGGGCAGCCCCGGACGCCGUUCGACGCGCUGCUCGAGUCCCUGAAGCCCUCCGCCCGGCCGCCCCCGAUCGUGUCUGUUGACAUUCCGUCCGGCUGGCACGUGGAGGAGGGAGAUCCCAGCGGGGUCGGAAUUCGGCCGGACGUCCUAGUCAGCCUCACGGCCCCCAAGCUCGCAGCGAAGAGCUUCCAGGGGACCCACUACCUGGGCGGCCGCUUCGUACCGCCCGCCACGCGGGACAAGUACGGCCUUGUACUGCCCGCCUACCCGGGCACAGCCCAAUCCGUCCGCAUCUCCCCGCCCCAUGCCGCGCGAGUCGACAUUUGGGACGCCCCCGCGCCCGCGGCCGCCGCGGCCGCCGCGGGGGCGCCGGCCGGCGGUGGGGCCGCGUCUGGGACGGCGGAGGGGGCGGCGGCUGCCGGGCAGCUUCCCAAGCCGGCCGACAUGCGGAUCACGUACCAGGCGGGCACCCUGUCUGAGGACGACGUAAAUGGUGACCCCUUUGCUCAAUUCGAUGCGUGGUUCAAGGAGGCGGCCGCGGACCCGGAGAUCCAGGAACCCAACGCCAUCGCCGUGGCCAGCAGUACGCCCGGCGGCGCGGUCAGCGUGCGGAUGGUGCUGCUGAAGCAGUACGACGAGCGCGGGUUCUGCUUCUUCACCAACUACAACAGCAG